AUGCACCACCUCCCCACCAUGCACCAUGCACCACCUUCCCACCAUGCCACCACCUCCCCACCAUGCACCACCUCCAUCAUGCACCAUGCACCACCUCCCCACCAUGCCCCAUGCCCCACCAUGCACCAUGCACCACCUUCCCACCAUGCACCACUCCCCACCAUGCACCAUGCACCACCCACCAUGCACCACCUCCCCACCAUGCCACCAUGCACCACCCACCAUGCACCACCUCCCACCAUGCACCACCAUGCACCACCUCCCCACCAUGCACCAUGCACCACCUCCCACCAUGCAUGCCACCAUGCACCACCACCUCCCCACCAUGCACCAUGCACCACCUCCCCAUCAUGCACCAUGCACCACCUUCCCACCAUGCACCACCUCCCCACCAUGCACCAUGCACCACCUCCCCACCAUGCACCAUGCACACCUCCCCACAUGCACCAUGCACCACACCAUGCACCCAUGCACUACCUACCCACCAUGCACCACCUCCCCACCAUGCACCACCUCCCCACCAUGCACCAUGCACCACCUCCCCACAUGCACUACCUCCCCACCAUGCACCAUGCACCACCUCCCCACCCACCAUGUACCACCUCCCCACCAUGCACCAUGCACCAUCCCCACCAUGUACCACCUCCCCACCAUGCACCAUGCACCAUGUACCUCCCCACCAUGCACAUCACCACCUCCCACCAUGCACACCUCCCCGCCAUGCACAUCGCCAUGCAGUCGUGA